CCUCUGAUGUGAAAGGUCGUGAGUUUGAAUCCCAGGAGAAACUUUUCUGAAAGGCAAAUGAGAUUUAAAUACACCAGGGUCUCGUAGCUCAGAGUGUGUGUGGCUGCUGCCUCAGCCUGUCAGCUCUACAGGGAUAGACAGGGCAUGCUGCUGGAUGCCGGGCCCCUUGUCAGCCCGGGCCCCGAAGCAGUCGCUUCCCUGGUAGUUACGCCACUGGUCAUAUACAAUGGCCCACAUUUUUUCUACAUAAUUGCCUCCUUGGUAUGCUUCCUCUUUUGUGGUAUUGAUAAUGCCCCCCUCCUCCAUAGUGCCCCGAUUGCUGCCUGCCUUAGGGUACUUACAUAAAAAUAAAUACUCACCUCUUUUCCUCACUGCUUCUGGCUUGAGUUUGCGCGUCCCGGCGCAAGCGGUCACGAACACAUCACUGUGGUCUGCUGCGCCGCGUCAUCACAUCAUCUCGCGAGACCCGGCGCAGGAGGUCACAGUGAGGUAAUCGCGAUCUCCUGCGCCGCUAUACUGCCUCAUAGGCUUCAGGCUUGGUGGCCUGAAGCCUAUGAGGCAGAACGGAGGGGUCGGGAGCCAUAGGCUCCCAUGGCCCUUAUUGAAAUGCCUGAUGCCCGUCGCCCCCUGCAAUUUGGCGCCCGGGGAAACCGCCCCCCCCCACGCUACGCCACUGGGUCCUGCAGUCAUAGAGGGGUCAUAGAUUGUGGGGAUCUCUUAUGUGGAUCUGUUAGAUUUCCCACCUGUCUGCUGUAUUGUACUGAAUUGUUACAGAUGACAAAUCAGGGGGAAGAUCUGACUGAUAAUAUUGUGGAGGCGGAAGAAGAGAGGAUGAUGGGUGAUCCCCUGUGUAAUAGUGAGGUGGAGGAGUACAUUCCAGGAGUUGUCACCACAGAGAAUCCCAAUAAGAAAUCUGAGGAUGUCAUAUUAUCACUAAAUUAUAAUGUAGAAGAUGAAGAUAUCACGCCACGCUCUUCAGGAGGAAACCUCAUUACUCUUAAUUUAUAUCCAGGACUUCACAGCACAGAUCUGUCAUAUAAUCCCUCUAAUCAUGAGGAACCUUCUCCUGACCAAUCAAAUAUUAUCACAAGUGCAGGCCAGAAAGGGGAUAAAUGUUUUCAGCGUGGUAAAGAGUUCACAAAAAGCUCAGGUCUUGCUACACACAGACGGACUCACACAGGUAGGAAGCCAUACUCCUGUUCAGAAUGUGGUAGGUGCUUUACAGAUAAAUCCCAUCUUGCUACACAUGAGAAAAGUCACACAAGGGAGAAACUAUAUUCAUGUCCAGAAUGUGGGAAAUGUUUUAGAGAUAAAUCAAGUUUUGUUAGACAUGAAAAAAUUCACAAAGCAGAGAAGCCGUAUUCAUGUUCAGUAUGUGGGAAAUGUUUUGCACAGAAAUCAUAUCUUGUUACACAUCAGAGAAGUCACACAGGAGUGAAACCGUAUUCAUGUUCAGAAUGUAGGAAAUGUUUUACCCAGAAAUCAAGUUUACUUAUACAUGAGAGAAGUCACACAGGGGAGAAACCAUAUUCAUGUUCAGAAUGUGGGAAAUGUUUUGCCGUUAAAUCAUAUCUUGUUGCACAUCAGAGAUUUCACACAGGGGAGAAACCAUAUUCAUGUUCAGAAUGUGGGAAAUGUUUUGCAGUUAAAUCAUAUCUUGUUAGACAUCAGAGAUUUCACACAGGAGUGAAACCGUAUUCAUGUUCCGAAUGUAGGAAAUGUUUUACCCAGAAAACAACUUUAGCUAUACAUGAGAGAAAUCACACAGGGGAGAAACCAUAUUCAUGUUCAGAAUGUGGGAAAUGUUUUGCCGUUAAAUCAUAUCUUGUUGCACAUCAGAGAUUUCACACAGGGGAGAAACCAUAUUCAUGUUCAGAAUGUGGGAAAUGUUUUGCCAGUAAAUCAUAUCUUGUUGCACAUCAGAGAUUUCACACAGGGGAGAAACCAUAUUCAUGUUCAGAAUGUGGGAAAUGUUUUGCAGUUAAAUCACAUCUUGUGACACAUGAAAGAAUUCACACAGGACAGAAGCCGUAUUCAUGUUCAGAAUGUGGAAAAUGUUUUACACGAAAAUCAUGUCUUGUUUUACACGAGAGAAAUCACACCGGAGACAAGCCAUAUUCAUGUUCAGAAUGCGGGAAAUGUUUUACAAUAAAAUCAUAUCUUGUUAUACAUGAGAGAUGUCACACAGGAGAGAAACCGUAUCCGUGUUCAGAAUGUGGGAAAUGCUUUACAGGUGAAUCAGGUCUUGUUAGACAUAAGAAAAUUCACACAGGAGAUAAACCGUAUUCGUGUUCAGAAUGUGGGAAAUGUUUUGCACAGAAAUCAAAUGUUGUUACACAUGAGCGAAUUCACACAAGAGAGAGAACCUGUAAUGCUGAAUUGCUAUCUGAUGGCAGCAUUGGGGGAGCGAGGAAGGGUAAGUCCUACGUAAAAGAGCUUCCCUCCACAGGUUAGCACCAUUCACUACUUAGACCAAAUGUCUAAAGAUAAAAUAAAGACUUCCAUUCGCUCCACGACAGCGUCCAUUUUCAUUGACAGUCAUUGUCUUUUUGGUUCAUAUUAUACUUUCUCCUAGUGCUGUGACCGUUAUUGCUCUUACAAACUAACCCUCCUGUGCGGAGACAGUGAUAUUGAUGGCAUGAUUACUAUAUCACUGAUUUAUCUGACCGUGUGAUCGGUGAUAAUUAACCCCAUAUGUACAUUCCUGCGGUUUAAUGGUAAACCUAUAUAGAUACUGGAG